AGUGGUUGUUAAAAAAAGAAAACACAACAGUGGACGGAAGUAGGGAUUCUGAUUUACACGGAUGAACUUGCUGUAACUGAGCACAAUGGCAGAGCAAAGAGAAAAUAAACACAGAAAGAACCAGGAACUGAUCAAAUCCACCAAAGACAAACUGGAUACAUUCAAAAGAAUAAGGGGCGCUGAGGUGAAAUCUGGUGGGUUUUGGGACCUGGUGGUGAUCACAGCAGUGGAUGAAGAUCAGAGAUGUUGGUAUGAAGUUCAGCUCCAGGAGAAGAUACGCAGGCGUGAGCUGCCCCUCAGCGUUUAUCAUGUGAUUGCAGAUCCUCCAGGCUACAAGAUCGGUAAUGGAGGCUCCACACUCCAUGUUCUGCAGCUCCUGAGUGAUGAGUAUGGAGAGUCUUUGUCCAGAUUCAGAGUCCUCCUCAUCCACGCUGGUGGAUGGAGUCAGCGUUUACCCCACGCCAGUGCUCUGGGGAAGAUCUUCAUGGCUCUUCCACUGGGAGAUCAUGUGUAUCAGAUGUUGGAUCUGAAGCUGCUCAUGUAUGUGGACUUUCCUGCUCACAUGAAUCCUGGCGUGUUGGUCACAUGUGCUGAUGAUGUCGAGCUCUACAGCACCAUCCAGAGGGUGGAGUUUAAUAAACCUGGCUUCACCGCCCUUGCGCACCCCUCCCCCCUGUCCAUCGGCCAGUCACAUGGCGUUUUUGUUCUCGAACCUGGAGAUGGGCCGCCUGUCCAAAGCUUGGAAUAUCGAACCUGUCUCCGGUUCCUGCACAAACCGAGUGUGGAAAUAAUGCAGAGGAGUGGCGCUGUGUUCAAGAAGCAUGAUGAUGAAGUGGUCUACACAGACAGCACAUACUACAUCAGUUACGGGACAGUGGAGAAGCUGCUGGACCUGUUUCGAGAAAUUGGACCUCUGAGAUGUGAGAUUGACGCCUAUGGGGACUUUCUGCAGAGUUUAGGAACCACUGUUACGGCUGAGUACACCAACAACACUGAGAACGUCAUGAAGAAGGAGAAAGAUCUGGUGGAGGUCAGAAAGAAGAUCUUUCAGCAUCUCAAAGGAACACAGCUGAAUGUUAUAAUCCUCAACAAGUCCAAAUUCUACCACCUGGGCACCAUGGAAGAGUACCUAUUCCACCUCACUGUAGAUCUCUGUCUACGAGAGGAACUUGGCCUCCAGACCAUCACCUUCAGCUCCUGUCCUCUGGACAUGUGUGAGAAUAAAAACAUGUGUAUCAUCCAGAGCAUUGUCCACCCAAGUGUGCGAGUGCAUGAGGGCACCGUGGUGGAGUUCUCCAGGCUGGAGGAUGGGGUCGAGCUGGGCAAGAGCUCCAUCAUCAGUAGCUGCUGGGUGGACAGGGGUCUCUGUGUCCCCUCCAGUAUCUUCAUGCAUUCGUUCACUGUGUUCUGGGAUGGCAGGACGCAAUUUGUCACCGUGGCAUUUGGUGUUAAGGAUGAUCUGAAGAAGACGGUGUCCAGCCGUGCAGACGUGAACAGGUUGGAGGUGUUUGGUGUUUCUGUGGGAGAUUGUGUGAGUCUGUGGGGACUGAGUGCGGGGGACAUCAGGCUCUCAGGAGAUGGGUGUGUGUGUAACCUUUGGACCUGCUGCAUGUUUCCCGUGUGUGAGGAUAUGAAGAGCUCGUUCUCCACCACACUGCAGAUGGUCCAAGCAGCUCUUGGAGAUGGAGUUGUGAAUUUACAAAAACACACACUUCUCUCACUGCAGGACAUUCUCCACCACAAAGACCUGGAGACCAUGCUGCGCUUCAGAAACGAUUUGUAUGAGGAAAUUCUGCAGGAAAAACAAGCUGCAUCACAUCAGGAAUAAUGAUCUCUGAGAAAAAUACUGGUAUCCAACUCAAUGGAAUACAUUCCAUUGCUCUGUGUAUGCGUUUGAGAAUUUACCCUCAUGUCUGCAUGAGUUCCUUUACAGCAGGUUUAAAUCUGUACACAGAGAACUCGUUUCUGCUGAAAACUGCAUCAGUGAGUGACGAGGAAAAUGACGAACUUCAGUGAUUUGAGCUCGAACUGAAGUUUAGACUUUUGAGGCCUUGUCAUUAUCACAAAACAAAUACCUGCUAAUCAGAUAUAAGAGUUUAAUAUUGCUUUAAGUCUCGAUAAAAGGCAGACAGCGUGCUGUGGGACGUCCUGUUGUCAGAGACGGGUCAAGGAAGUGGAUUAUAGUGAGCAUAUGGAUGAUGGAACAGAGACAUGUGGACGUCUCACCGUCUCCUCACAGGGUUCUGAUUGUCCUCACUCUGACUCUCAGCUUGAUCACUUAACAUGUUUUAAAGCUCUGAUGAUGUUUAUAAAUCUGCUCUGAUUCUAUCUAUAUUGUAAAAAAAAAAGUAAAUAAAAUUCUGUUCUAUUCUGUC